AUGCCCAGUCUGGGCGACAGAGCCAUUCAGGUCAUAGGCUUGAAGCUGCAUCUGCAUCCCUCUUUCCUUGUAGGGAAGAAGGUGAUUGAUGUGGCUGCAGGCUCCACCCACUGCCUGGCUCUGACUGAGGACAGCGAGGUCUGCAGCUGGAGGAGCAACGACCAGUGCCAGCACUUUGACACCUUGCGCGUGACCAAGCCAGAACCUGCAGCAUUGCCAGGACUGGACGCCAAACACAUAGUGGGAAUUACCUGUGGGCCUGCCCAGAGCUGUGCUUGGUCAUCGUGUUCUGAGUGGUCCAUUGGCCUCCGUGUCCCUUUUGGGGUGGACAUUUGCUCAGUGACUUUUAAGCAGCUGGAUCUCCUGCUGCAGCAGGUGAGUGAGGGGAUGGACGGCUCCGCGGACUGGCCCCCGCCCCAGGAGAAAGAGUGCGUGGCCGUGGCAAUGCUGAAUCUUCCCCGACUUCAGUUGCAUGCUGCUAUUAGUCACCAGGUUGACCCGGAAUUCCUUGGUUUAGGUCUGGGCAGCGUCCUCCUGAACAGCCUGAAGCAGACGGUGGUGACCCCGGCCAGCAGCACAGGCGUGCUGAGCACCGUGCAUUCAGCCUCCCAGGCCAUGCUGCAGAGCGGCUGGUCUGUGCUGCUGCCCACUGCCCAGAAGCAGGCCCGGGUGCUCUCUGCUCUCCUGCCCUGCGCAGGAUAUUGAAGCCAAACAAGAAGCACAGAAGGAAAAAGAAAUUGAUGAACAGGAAGCAAAUGCCUCAGCAUUUCACAGAAGCAGGACUCCAUUGGAUAAAGACCUUAUUAAUACGGGGAUCUGUGAGUCUUCUGGCAAACAUUGUUUGCCUCUGGUUCAGCUCAUACAACAGCGUCUUAGGUAAAUCGUAUUAGCUGUAUUGUAUUGUGUUUUAUUUAUUUACUUUUUUUUGUAUUUUUGAGACAGAGUUUCGCUCUUGUUGCCCAGGCCGGAGUGCGGUGGCGCGAUCUUGACUCACCGCAACCUCCGCCUCCCAGGUUCAAGUAAUUCUCCUGCCUCAGCCUCUCGAGCAGCUGGGAUUACUGGCUUGUGCCACCACGCCCCACUAAUUUUGUAGUUUUAGUAGAGACGGGGUUUCUUCAUGUUGGUCAGGCUGGUCUUGAACUCCCGACCUCAGGUGAUGAUCCACCCCCCUUGGCCUCCCAAAAUGUUGGGAUUACAGGCAUUAGCCACCACGCCUGGCCUAUUUAUUUACUUACUAACUUUUUUUUGUUUGUUUGUUUGUCUUUUUGUGACGGAGUCUCUCUCUAUCGUCCAGGCUGGAGUGCAGUGUCAACGAUCUUGGCUCACUGCAACCUCCGCCUCCUGGGUUCAAGCUAUUCUCCUGCCUCAGCCUCCCGAGUAGCUGGGACUAGAGGUGUCUGCAACCACACCUGACUGAUUUUUGUAUUUUUAGUAGAGAUGGGGUUUUACCAUAUUGGUCAGGCUGGUCUCAAACUCCUGACCUCAGGUGAUCCACCUGCCUUGGCCUCUCCAAAUGUUGGGAUUACAGGCGUUAGCCACUGUGCCUGGCCUGUAUUGAAUUUUAAUAGGUGAUUAUUGGUUUUCAUAUUAAGAUAGUGAAAUCCAGCACGAGGAUCUCAAAACUUUGUUUGGUGAUUGAAGGAAUAUUCUGAGAAUUACCUAGUAUAGAUUUUAGGGUAAAGAGCAGACCCUUUUAAAUAUAGGUGAGAGGAGAAGUUGGAGGGCAUGAUGAUGUUCAAAAGUUUUUCCAGAAGAGAAAUUGGGUGUGCAGUAAACCUGUAAAAAGAUUCUUGCUAAUAAGCAGGUGGAUGUAAAUGAAAAUCAUCAUGGAAGGUUAUUUUUAAAACUGGUUGUAUCAUUGCCUCACUUCAUAUAUUACAGAGUUAUACAUACUACUUUGUAAGAUAACUUUUCUUUUCAAAACCAAAGUCAAUGUGAAAGAAUGGUGAGCAUUGUUUUGGAAGACCCGACUAGGAGGAGGUGGGAAGAAGUCAGACUCAGCCUGUGAACAGAAACUAACUUUGGCAGAAGCCAAAACAGUCAGACAGUGUUGUCUAAAAAUGAUCAUUCAAGAAGAGCGAAAAAACAAGGUGAUUUGUGAAAGAGAUUUAUUAGAAAAUGAAACACAUUUGUACCUCUGUUUAAUAAAAAUCUGCUUUUUGUCA